GUACGUUUCAAGAUGGCGCGCUUGACAACGGUGUCCAGUGGCCCACAGGCAGGACGGCGAUAUUUAUCCCAAAUAAAUCAACUUACCGCCCGGACUCAGCCGUCGGUGAUGGAUACGCGGUAGUUCGGCUGUUUUAUGGUGUUUUACGGUGUGUCUGAGUUCAUGUUUUUAAGAUAAACCGGCAGAGUUUAGCUAACUUAGCAGAAUUGUUCCACCAGGGGAAGGAAGUUUGCCGCGGCGGGGAAACAUAAUAGGAAACCGGGCAGGGCCGACACAUCCCGACACAUCCCGACAUGGAGGACUCCGGCUCGGCCCUGGAGAAGAAUGUGGCCGACCUCACGGUGAUGGACGUGUACGACAUCGCCGCGGUGGUGGGCCAGGAGUUCGAGCGGAUCAUAGACCAGUACGGCUGCGAGGCGCUGUCCCGGCUGAUGCCCAAAGUGGUCCGGGUGCUGGAGAUCCUGGAGGUGAUGGUGAGCCGCAACAGCAUCAGCCCGGAGACCGAGGAGCUGCGGCUGGAGCUGGACAAGCUGCGGCUGGAGCGGCUGGACCGGCUGGAGAAGGAGAAGAAGCACAGGAAGGAGCUGGAGCUGGUGGAGGACGUGUGGAGAGGAGAAGCUCAGGACCUGCUCUCCCAGAUCGCUCAGCUGCAGGAGGAGAACAAAAGCCUCCUCACCAACAUGUCCAUCAAAGACCCCAUGAGUGAGGAGGACCUGCAGAGGCACGAGGGUAUGACGGAGAGAGAGAGGCAGGUGAUGAAGAAGCUUAAAGAAGUGGUGGACAAGCAGAGAGACGAGAUUCGAGCCAAGGACCGUGAGCUCACACUGAAAAAUGAGGACAUAGAAGCACUCCAGCAGCAGCAGUCUCGUCUCAUGAAAAUCAACCACGACCUGCGCCAUAAAAUCUCAGUGGUGGAGGCGCAGGGGAAAGCACUGAUUGAACAGAAGGUGGAACUGGAGGCCGGUGCUCAGGCGCGGGGACAGGAAGUCACUGCCCUUCGGCAGGAAGUUACACGCUUGAGGGAAAGACUUCAAGGUGACCUGCCGGCCCAGAACCUUGAGGAGCCUCCACCUCAACCCCCCUCACCUGCAGAGCGUGGUAAAGCUGCUGCAGUGGUUGCGGGGGCUCAGGGCUGGUCGGACAGACCUGACCCCUCUGAGCUGAUGUUUGGUGGGUUUGAUCCUUCCCCACGACCCCUGCCUGGUUCCCUCAGCCCAGAGGGACACGAGGAUGGGGAGGAGGAGGCUGAGGACGAGGCAGUGUUGCUUUGGGAGGCGAUGUGCGAUGAGGACAUGCCUGCUGUGUUCCAAUAUUUUACCAAGGAGGCGUUGUGCGAGGAGGAGUCGGGAGGCCUGGACCCAAAGGACCCCAACCGGCCCCGGUUUACGCUGCAGGAGCUGAGGGAUGUCCUCCACGAGAGGAACGAGCUCAAGGCCAAAGUCUUUCUGCUGCAGGAGGAGCUGGCCUACUACAAAAGUGAUGAGACAGAGGAUGAGAUUGUUACUCCUUCUCCUUCUCCCUCACCUGAACUGAGGACUCGCUCCCGUUCUUCUGCCCAGCCAGAGUCAGGAAUCAAACGCUUGUUUAGUUUCUUCUCACGGGACAAGCAGCGGAACUCGCAGAGAGGUGCGCAGAUUGACGUCGGCUUCGGCUCGUGGGCGGGGAAAGACGACGUGUACACAGAACAAGCCCAGGAGGCGUUGCAGCACAUGUAGUCCCACCUGGACGGGAUAUGUCGAGGUUACUCAAAACUCCCAGAACUCUUAACACUCCCAUGUCCAUCACUCGAGGCCAGCUUGUGAAGCGUUGAUCGCACGCCAGUCCACCACUAGUGACUCACACUGCAACCGCAAUAUCAUGUGCUUGAGGUGAGAAGGCCGACAGAAGGAAGAGUGAGCGGAUCACCUUGAAUGAGGCUGCAGCUUUUAGAUAAAGAUGUUCCAAAAACCUUUUUUUACAAAAGGGCCACAAGUUUAAAAAUACUAGAAAAUGGUGCAUGAAGGAUUUUACAGAAUCAGACACGAUGAUCUGUAGAUGAGAAGGUAAACUCAAGUUCAGUGAAGGAAAACGGAAAGUUAAUGCAAAUCAAGUGGUUAACGAUAUGUUGGUAUAAGUCCAGAAUAAACGUAAGUGGGUGAAAAGUACGACGGAGGGGAAGGCUUGGGAAACAAAAUGGUGCUGUAAAAGUCUAUUCCAGCUAUUUGAUGACCGAGGAGGGUUUUAUAUACAGUAUAUAUUAUGAAGAAUAAUAAGAAAAUACAAUAAAAAAUAAAUAAAAUCAAAGGCAAACAUGCAAAUAAAACAAUAACAUGACACUUUUGUGUCCCAAUAAUGUAUUUGAACUUUCUGGCCUUGUUCAUGUGGGUGGCUGGCAGGUACAUCACAUCACCAGCAUUUUGGCAAAUUGAAACUAUGCAGCUCAGCCGUAUAAAAUGAUGCUUAGAAUCACAAUUUAAAAGCGUCACGCAACAUACAGCAAGUGUGGAAGCCCAUUUCUGCCAAAGAAAGAAAGAGAAAACACACACAGAGAGUUAGACAUGAUAAAAAUCCAUGGUACGUCAACUCACAGUUUUGACUUAGUGUCUAAUUAGUUUUACUUAAUAACUAAUUGUUUCUCACCAAGUCAAAACUGAUGACUUGCCGAGUCAAUAUUAUGAGAGCGUAUCUCAUAAUUUAGAUUUUUAAUAAUAGCAAGUCAUCAUAGUUUUAACUCACUAUCUUCUAAUUUAGUUUUAAUAAUAACCAUGUCAUCAUAGCUUUGACCUAAUAUCUCCUAAUUUAGAUAUUUUAAAAUAACCAUUAGUCAUUAUAGUUUUGACUUGAUAUCUUUUUAUCAUGCAUAACCCAUGUUUUUUUCUUUUCCCGUUGUCAGUGGGCUUCCAUUAUGUUCAGUCUACACUUCUCUCACAACUAACUCACAGUUAUGAAAUGGACUCAAAUGACUACGUAAGAGCAGCGUGGAAAAUCCGCUAAUAUCCACCAUCCAGAGCCACAAAACACCCAUCGCACAUCGUUCUCAUAUUCAAUCCUACAGUCUGACGAUAACAGUAAUUUAUCACAGUAUCACCAGCUGCACCAAAGCAGGUUGUAAUCUAUGACCGUCCUCUUUGGUAAUAAAGCCAACAGAUGCAGUUUAUCGAAGAAAACAAAGUAACUCAACAGCCUUAUAGCCUUUGAGCACUCCAGGACACUGUAUAACUAGAUUCACAAAAGCAGCAUUGUCAGUACUAAACUCCUGUGAGAUGCUUAUUAAUUUAUUUGUGUUUUUAAUAUAACAGGAGAGAAACAUUGAUUUCCUGCCUGUAUUUAGAGGAGACUAAAUAAAACCUGAUCAGAGCAUCCUUAAAAGGUUCAGUCUGGUGACAGUCCAUAUUUUUCGUCAUGUCAACAAAUCCCAUAGCUCACACACACUGUCGUUUAUUUUCACACUAUCGCCCAGCUGCCCUGAAUACUCAGAGCAGUAAAUGUGGAUUAAUCCUCCGCUGAAACUAGCAUUUUUUAAAGGAUUAAAAUCUUCACUACGAACCAAAGGGCUUGGAGGCUGGAGAGCCACAGACAGGACGUCAGAGAGUGUUCAGAAACACAUUGUUGAUUUUUGUCCUUCCAUGAGAUUUGUUGAAAAUAAGUAAAAUAUAGAAAAACACCAGCCUUGUUCUUUAAAAUCCUCUAUUCCCGUAAAUAAGGCACGCACAUGAGCCACUGAGCUGGAUUGUAUUUUUAAAAAGAAAAACGUUCAUUGUAAUGUUCUGCAAGUUUUCCCACAAAGGAAGUAAAAGGUUUUUUUUAACUUACUCUUUUGUCACCCUAAACAUCUAGUUAUAGCUACCUUUAAGCUCACAUCAAGUAGAAAAGACACAGCAAGAUGCGCUUGCAUAUUGAGGCUUGCUAAAUACACUUGUGCUUUUAUGCAUCAUUUAUACAAGGCCUCAAAUAUAAACGUGGUUUCAAAGCUAUGUUAUGAGCAACAGCGUAUGAUUUGAAUACAAUAUAAAUAUAAAAAUCAUGACGUUGCAUCACAAGUAACAUUUAAAAUCUUCCUCAGUUUGAGCUCAGGAGGCUGCUGAGAGGUUUCAAGUGUGGUUUACGUUUUAUAAAGAAAGGCUACAUCGGUGGUUGCAGCUUCUGCUUUUACAGCUUGCCUUCACGCUUUAACCACUGACUGAUGUCCUCAACCCGGAGAGGCAGUGAGUAAGCUGUGUGGUGUGUUUUAAAAGUAGCGGCACUUUAUCUUCAUUUAUACUCACCCAGCGAGGGGGGAUAAAUUAAUCUGAAAUGACAAAAACACUGUCAAGAGGCUUAAAAUGAAUGUGUGUCAAUGAGUGUGUAAGCAGCUACCCGUGUUUUUACAUAUUUGAAGACAAAAUAAUAUUUAUUGCAAGAAAGCAUCACAUUCUAGACGCUUGAAGUCAAAGGGAUCUGGACAGUUUAGAUGUGAACAUAGUGAAACAUUUAAAGGGAAAUCUCAGACAUGGCAACAUUUCCAAAUGCUCACUCCAGCUUGUCAGCUCGUUAUUUAAGUCCGUGGCGAUCACCAUCUCAUGCGUUUCUCUGAUUAAAAUGGAUAUUUAAAAGAUAUCAUGAAUGGAUCAUCGUUUUAUUAAAUGAGCUGGCUUUCAUUCAAACAUGUCUCUGCAAUAAUAAACAAUUCUGUAAUGUUUAA